AUGCCAGAGGGCCCAUCAUUGAGGAAAUUCCAUUUACUGACCUCCCCUUUUGUGGGCCAAGUGGUGGCCAAGGUGGGGGGAAGCAGCCGGAAGAUCAAUGUGAAUGACCUGAAUGCCCUGAGGCUCCAGGACUCCCAGGUUCAUGGGAAGAACUUGUACCUGGCAUUUGUGGCAGCAGAAGGUCCCUUAGGACCAACUGCAGAAGAGACAGUGCUGCAAAGAGAGGCUGCUCGUGGGGCAAGUUCUCCUCCUCAGGAAGGGCAAGAGCAGGUUUGUCCUCCACAGCCAGAUCCCCAGGAAGAGGAGCUGCAGGAACUCCAGCACUCAAGCUCUGAAGCCCCAGAUGAAGCAGGGGGUUCAAGCAGCUGGUUGCGCUUCCAUUUUGGCUUGUAUGGCAGCAUUCGGGCAAAUGAGCUCUCAAGAGCAAACAAAGCCAACAAGAGAGGAGACUGGAAAGACCCCGUCCCCAGGCUGAUUCUGCACUUUGAGAGUGGAGGCUUCCUUGCUUUCUACAACUGUCGAAUGCAGUGGUGCUCCUCUCCACGGGCUGAUCCUACUUCUGACAUCCUCUCUGUGGAGUUCCACCGUGGCCGGGCACUGGAUGCUCUCCGUGCACCCGAUCCCAUCUGCUACACCCUCUUAGACCAAAGAUAUUUUUCAGGGCUGGGCUUCCUACAUGACAUCGUUGGCGUUUAA